UCUUUAGCAAAAGAAGAACCAAGAAGUACCAUGAAGCUCACCCCGAUCGCUGGACUCGUUCUGCUCGCCUGCUGCCUCGGCCAGGCUCUGCCCCAGGCACGUGUGGCCGGUGGCGAGGACGCUGUGCCCGGCCAGCUGCCCUACCAGGCGGCCCUCUCCAUUGGUGGCAGCUACAACUGUGGCGCUGUGAUCAUUGCCGAGCGUUACGCCCUCACAGCCCUCACCUGUGUCUGCUCCGAUGGCAAGGAUAAGCCCUGGUCCCCCAAUCUAUUUGGCAUCACCUUCGGCUCGGUGGAUCUCUACACGGGCGGCAAGGAGAUACGCGUCGAGGAGAUCACCAUCAAUCCCAACUACAACACCUUGAAGACCGGCCUGGCCCUCCUGCGGCUCAAGGAGUCGAUCGUCUUCAAUGAGAAUGUGAGCGCCGUGCCGCUGGCACGCGUCGAUCCGCCCGUGGGCGCUCAGGUGGAUAUUUCUGGCUACGGACGCACCUUCGAGGCGGAGGUCAACAUGCACCGCACCCUGCAGAUUGGACAGGCCAGCGUGGUGCCGCGCCGCGAGUGCCGUCUGGGCAAGAGCGAGGAGGAGCCAGUGGACAACGAUCAGGUGCUCUGCCUGGGCCAUGAGCGUCGCAAUGGCGUCUGCCGCGGCGACAUAGGCGGACCCGCCGUCUACCAACAGCAGCUGGUCGGCCUCGGCGGCGAGAUGCUGGGCGAGUGCGGCGGCCUCCUGCCCGAGCGUUUCAUUAGCAUUCCAGCCAACUACGAUUGGAUUCAGCAGAACAUUCAAUAAAUAAACAAAAUAAAUUACAUACAGCAAUAA